UGUGCUGCUGUUGAUCCGGAAAAACGGCGGAGUCAUUUUCAGUAUCGAGAUAGUUUAGAAGUGAAUUUACAUUUUGACAAUGGCACAGUACGAUCGAGCUAUCACAGUAUUUUCUCCGGAUGGUCAUCUGCUUCAAGUCGAGUAUGCCCAGGAAGCUGUGAAGAAGGGAUCCACAGCGGUUGGAGUUCGUGGAUCAGAUGUUGUGGUACUUGGUGUAGAGAAAAAGUCUGUUGCAAAACUUCAAGAAGAACGUACUGUCCGUAAAAUAUGUCUACUGGAUGAUCAUGUUGUUAUGGCUUUUGCUGGACUUACUGCUGAUGCUAGGGUACUAAUCAAUCGUGCACAAAUAGAAUGUCAAAGUCACAAACUAACUGUUGAGGAUCCAGUCACAUUAGAAUAUAUCACUAGGUACAUGGCAAGUCUAAAACAAAAAUAUACACAGAGUAAUGGUAGGAGACCCUUUGGCAUUUCGUGCUUGAUAGCUGGUUUUGAUUAUGAUGGUGUUCCUCAUUUGUAUCAAACAGAACCAUCUGGUAUUUAUUAUGAAUGGAAGGCCAAUGCAACAGGUCGUAAUGCUAAAACAGUGAAAGAAUUUUUAGAAAAAUAUUACACUCCUGAAGAAGUUUCUACUGACAAAGGUACAAUCAAAUUAGCAAUCAAAGCACUUCUUGAAGUAGUUCAAUCUGGUCAAAAAAAUCUGGAGAUUGCAGUCAUGCACAGGGGACAACCUAUGCAAAUGCUUGAUUCUGAUACGAUUGGGGAGUAUGUUGCUGAAAUUGAAAAAGAAAAAGAAGCUGAAGCAGAGAAGAAAAAGCAAAAAAAGUGAUCACAUUUUUAUUAAACAAAAUGUAUUAAUAGAUUUUUAAUUUUUGCUGAAGUUAAAAUGUGAAGGAUAAAAGGGGUCAAAAAACCAAGACCUAACAAUUAUGCUCUGCAUCAUUAUGAAACAUGUCAAUAUGCCUGUGACCAGGGAUGCAA